UGUGUGCGUGCGUGUGUGUGUGUGUGUUUGUACAGGUGAUGGCCAUCCUGUUUGGUGUGGUGUACUUUCAAAGCGACAAGGACAACGGCAGUGAGCGCAUUCAGAACUUUGCUGGUUCAGCCAGUAUCAUCAUAGUCAGCUGUCAAUACUCCACUAUCUAUCCCGUCGUGCAGGUUUUGCCAUCGGAAAUGCAGGUGUUCAUACGUGACCAUGACAACCACAUGUAUAAGACCUGGGUGUACUACAUCUGCAAGUUUGUAGCCGAGUUGCCCAUACAAGUGCUUUAUCAGUUACUCUACUCGGUGAUCACGUACUUCAUGAUCGGUUACCGUAACGACAUCAGCGGCUUUCUGACGUACUUUGCGGUCAUGUUCAUGUCCUCGAUGAACGCUAGAUCCCUCGGUUUUCUCAUCUCAUCCAUAGCAUUUGAUAACGCACAGGUAGCGUUAGCGCUGAUCACACCGUUCAUGAUUCCAUUCCUACUCUUCACCGGAUUGUUCCUCAAUGAAGACGAUGUACCAACGUAUCUGGUAUGGUUGGACGUCACUAGUUUCUUCAAGUACCAAUGGCAGGCCGUCAUGAUCAACGAGUUUGAUGACCAGUACUUGGGUAACUGCAGUGGAGUACAGGCUGUGUGCUACGAGAACGGUGAUGAUGUUCUAGACCUCUACUCACUCGGUUCAGGUCUCGGCCAGAUCUACUUCAAUUUUGGAAUCAUGCUGGUGCUCUUCAUGGCCUACUUCAGCGCUGGCUUUGCGCUGCUCACCUUUCGCAUCCGCUAUCUCAAGCGGUAGCGCACAUCCCAGCAACCGCUGGCGGGCGGUCCUCACCAUGGCAGGUGGCGUUCCGUUACGCACAGCCACUCAGAUUCGAAACUGCCACGGCGCGUGAAUGGGACGCACGCGUCGGCAUAUCCCGCCGUUAGCCGGGUUUUGGCGGGGCAAGUCCACUACAACUGUACAAUCGUAUCUAAGGUCCUAUACUCAUAACACGUACUGGAAUGGGCUGUACCUGCCAAAAAUGGGGCAACUAAUACUUGCCCGCAGAAAGUUGACGGCCAUCUUCGAUGCAUACCUCCCAUUGCAUCAAAGUAUUUUUUCACGUAGCCCACUGGAUAGCUGUAGCCCACUGGAUAGCUGUAGCCCACUGGAUAGCUCGCUUCUUGAAUUCCUCUAUUGACAGUUCAUCUUGCACAGUCGCCUCUGUAUCAGACGUGAAUUGUUUGGACCUUCGAAUUUGAAUUUGCUUCACCAUGCCUUUCAGAAUGAGACGUUUUUCUAAUUUAAGUUCUUUUAAACCAUUGAGGUGUCGUUUAGACUUAGAGCAUGCAAUUGCAGUAGUUCGUGCUUUGUGAAGAUUACGAUUGUAGUCGCUUUGCGUCACGUCUGCUGA